AUGCGAGCAGCUCAGGGGAGACUGGGGCAACAGCCACAGAAUUGCCUUCACUUGUGCCAGGAAUGUGUGCAGGGUAGAGAACAGGCUGUGUACCAGAUACCAUUUGAAGAGGAAGGAGAAACAGUUGGAGAUGCAGGACUGAUUGAAACAGAAAAGUACAGGCCAAAGAGGCAGGAUGACCUGCAUGUGGAGGGCUGUUGCCCCUGCAGGAUGCCCUGGAAAGGAAUCCCCGUGCUGUCCAACCCUAGAUCAGUGCAGCCCCCGCUGAGAUGUUGCUCAGCAGGCCUGAAGAAGGCGACCAGAACACUCGAUGGCCGCAGCCCGCCCGUAAGGGCCCAUGCCCGGGGACGCCCCUUUUUGCCAGAGGCCCCCUGGGCUGGCAUCUGCUCCGCGGUGGCGCCACCUCGCCCUGCUCCGGCCCUGCGAGCGCGUGUCCACUUCGGCGCGCCAGCCGUGCGCCCUAGAGGUCCGCCGUGCGCCGGCGCCCCAGGCGCCCACCCGCACGCGCGCGGUCCGUCGGUGCCUUGGGGACCCCUCCCCCCUGCGGCGACAGCCUCAGCGGCUCCUGCCCGCCUAGAGCCGCCCCUGGCCGCGGUCGCGGGUCCCCCACACCCCAGGGGCGGAGCGAGACGCCGAGACGUCAGGGCAGAGAACGAGCACGGGGCGAGCGCGCCCUCCCGGCAGCUGCCCGCGGCCCACGUCCCCGACUGGCGCGGCCGGCGGCGGCGGGGAGAUGCAGUUAGCGGCGGCGCUGGGGCGCAGCCAGGCGGCGGGGCGGGCGGGGGCCAGAGGCUGAGCCGGGCGAGCCAGCCGGGGCGAGCCAGCGGUGCGCACAGCUCUGCCCGCCACCCCCGGAGCGGACCCCGGCCGCCUCUGGGCUCUCCCCGGGGUUCUAGCCAAGCCCCCCGGGGUGCCCAUCAAUUUCGUCGGGUGACUUCAGCGUGUGUUUUGUUUUUCUUUCUUCUUUCCCUUGCCUGUGUGCCCUUCUCUAGGAUGGCAGAAGCGGAAUUGCACAAGGAAAGGCUGCAAGCCAUAGCACUUUACUGGAUGCCUGAGGAACAGCUGAGCCCCAUGAAAGGACUUGCUUUCUGAACGAGGAGCCAGUGGUGGCUAACACUGGGGCCACCCUUUUCCAAGAGGGGUUGGAUAAUGCCAGCAGGGGCCAAGUGGAUUUUCAAGAAAAAUCGAGGCAGUCUUUUGGAAUUCUCUUGAGUGUAUAAGAAGAAUAAACACAAAUACUCGUGCCUUUUCAGUUGUGGAAUGGAGUUUGUCCUGUACCUGGGAAAGUGUUAAUGAUUCUCAUGAACGUAGAAGCCUCAAUGAAUAUAUAUGUUAUCAGUGCAGAUUUUCUAACUCUGUGUGUGUGUGUGUGUGAGAAAGAGAGAGAGAGAGGGCGAGAGAAUUAAGAGAUGAGGUGGGGAAGUGAGGGCUAGUGACCACAUGACUAAGUAGUUCUAUGCCAUGCUUUGGCCUAGUACAUACUCUCCAAAUUCGGUAAACCCUGCUCCUCUCUGCCACCUCUCCAGGGUUCUCAGGGGACCCUCAGGAGCUCAGAAGCCUGCCCACAGAGUCUGGCACUCCUGCAGUCUCUCUGGAGAUGUGAAGGAGGAAGAGAAUGAGUCCUCACCUCUUCACCCACUUGGGCUCCUCUCUGAGAGGCAGAGCAGAUAAACAGGGACAUUAGUCUGGAGGUUCCUGGGCAGUCGUUAGUCUGGAUGUCAGUUCCUUCCCCUGUAAAAUGGCUCAUGAGUUCUCCCUCUUGGGCUGGUUGUAAGGUUUAGCUAUGAUGCAGCUGAGGCCCCUGGCAUGCCGUUGCCUUUAGAUGGUGUUGAGACAGAGCCCCCAAUUCCUGUCUACACUGCUGCCUUGUCCUGUGAGGGUUAGAGGCAGCCCUCUGAAGCAGAAAGAGUCUGAACAGCCCUUUUUAUCCUUUGCUUUAACUCUGACUCCAGGCCAGGGCUCUGCCCCGCAGCAUUUCCUCUGGCUGCUUCAGACACAGGGCAGAGGUGUCGCCUGAGGAUCCAUCCAUCCAUCCACUCAGCAGGUGUUUACAGAGCGCCUCCUCUGGGAAGGUACUGGAAACACCAAAAAGGCAGUGUCCUCAAGUUUCAGCCAUCAGAGGGAAGACUUUACCCUUUGCACACUUAAGUUAUGAAAGGACAAAUGUCCUCUAACCUAUUUAUCACAUCAUCUGUGAGAUUUUCUCCCCCUCAAGGGAAUGAAGUACUUAGAAACUAUGGCCCUUUAAUUGAAUCUUCCAGUUGAGUACAAAAGAAGAGCAAAUCCAUCUUUGACAACUGUCUCUGCUUCCAGGUGCUUCUUUCUUCUGUUGGGACACUCCCAAAGCCAUAAUUUUAGAAGAUGCCAAAAUGCCUCUGUAGCAGAAUGAGCGUGAAUGAUAAUUCCAGCGAAUAAUGAUACAAUUGCCGUUUAUUGAACAUUAUCUAUUCAGCCGGGCGCUGUGUGAUGUGCUUUUUGUUAACCUUAGUUGUUAAUCAUCUAUGGAAAAAAUAGGAAAGUGCAUAAACAAUUACUAUACUAUGUUAGUUUGUUUAUUAUUUAUUUGGAACAGUUAGAAAAGGAAAGCCAAAAGCAUGAAGAAGUGAAGUCAGUAGCUAACGGCACAAACUCAGUAAUAAGAGUGCAGUGCAUUUUAAAACAUUAUGUCAUUUAAUCCUAAUAAACAAGCUGAUGAAGUAGGGGCUCCUAUAUUGUACAUAUUUUAUAAGAGCCCAACAUUAACAGAUAGUGUCAAAGCCAAGAUUUGAACCCACACUGCGGAGCGUUGGAGCCCCUGUAUUGACUGCUGCCCUGAAUUGCUUCCUCCAAGAUGGCGGCAGCAUCUCAUGCUUUUCCCAUGAGCGCGCUGUGCAGGCUGUUCCAGCAGCCUCAGCGUGAGCCAAUGAGGGAGAAGCAGACUGAUUCAGUAGCUCUGGGAAAGGCUGGGACAAACCAGGAGGACCACAUCCUUUUGAGAGUCUUCCAAGUUGUGUUUCAGUGCAUGGAAACACCGAUGGAAGUUCUGACUGAAUGAGUAACAUGCCCUUGGGGAAGAAGCCACUGUGUCUCAAUGGAAACCCACUUUGGGGGAGGAUGUUACGUCUGCACAUCCGAGAGGAAGAGAGUCUUCCUUGGGCACAUGUGGAGAUAACUAAACAUUACAGAGGUCACUUUGGGCAAAAGCUCUCAGAGCCAUAUGGACGAGACCUCAGGCCAGCACCAGGGACCAACAUGAGUGUGUUCAUAUGUGCUGAAAUAUGAAAUGCCAAUCCAACCUACAGUUCUCUUUAGGGAAUUUUUUUCAUUUAGUGAGGCCCUACUUUGCAGAAUAAUAAAAAUGAUCUUCUGCAUUCGUACAGCACUUUACAAUGUACAAAAACCUACAUGUUACCUUUAUUCUGAGCUGUGCAGGACAGGUCUCAUUAUCUCCACCUUACAGCCGAGUAUACAGAUACCCAAGCUCACACAGUGAGAUGUGGAAGAGUUGUCAUAAGUCCAUUUUCUCCUGACUCCAGAUUCCUUGUGUCAGUGGCACAUCAGGCCUUGGAGGGGUGCUCUGCCAUGGGCUGGAUGCCACUAGGAUCCUGCAGAGCUAGCGUCCUGGGUGGGGAUAUCUGGGGGUAUGUGAGCCUGGACAUGCCUCCAUGGAAUCUGCCCUUUCUGGGAUCUCACUUUGGGUCCCUCUCCCUCUUGAAACUCUCACCCAGAGGGUGCAGUUAGUGGACCUGUGGCUCCCACCUGAUCCCAUUCUCUGCCCUGAGAGGGCCUGGAUGUAGGUGUAGCUUAGGCUGGCUCUGCCCUCGCUUGUAGAGAAAUACUUUGGCAUUUCCUUGAGGCCAUCUCUCACUGCUUCUUCCGGCCUUGGAGUGAUAAGGCCUUGACUACCAGGGUUGGAGCGUGGGACCAGGGACCAAGAAGGCCAAUCAGGCUCCUUUUGAUCCAGACCGCUUAGGUUGCCUGCAUAGCCUGGGCAAAGGUCCUUGCUGCAAUUUACAUGGGAUUCAGCCCAGCCCAGCUUCCCAGGUCAGGGAUGUCUCAGAGGGUUUAGAGACCCAAACCCAAGCCCUGUGGUAACAAACACUGUGAUUCUUGUGGGGACCAUCCCUGUACAUGUCCCCUGUGAACCUCUGUCCUUGGCAGGCAGCUGGAAAAGGCCUGGAGAAUCGAAGAGCCUGGCCUUUCAUUUGUUAUCUUCUUCCAUUUCAGAGACGUGGAUGAUGCUCUUCUUCUAAAAUCCCAAGUUAAGGCCUAAAAAUUGAUUUACUCAGGAUAUUGGCAGCUGAGUCUGCAGGGCCAUCUAGCAGAUUGGUGCCACUUUGGGCCCGUUCAGGGUCAUUGUGGGUCUGCGAGUGCCAAGGCAGGCCUUACACAAACAUGUGCAAGGGUCAUACACCUCUCUGGGCACCUUUUUGUACUUCUGAGUAUUUCAGGCUUUAGCCUCUUGGGACAAAGAGCAGCUACUCUGGCAAAGUACCCUGAGAAAUAUAGCAGUCAUCAUCUAAAAAGCCAAGCAACGGGGGCUUGUGGGUUAUGAUUUGUCAAUAUUUAAGGAAAACCAGGGCUGAGUAUUGGUGCUUCUGCAUUUCUUUGGGGCUACCCAGUACUUUUAGGAUCCCUACUGUUGGUCCUUUGAACUACCCACACUUGAUCACCCAUCUCUGAGACGGAUGUUGUUCUUACUUGACAGUAGGAGUUGGUCAUUGUGGGGUGUAACUGACUAGACGACAAACGGGCAUUAAUGUGCAGUGACAGUGGUCCCCUGGGCUGCCAGUGCCCCUCACAGUCUGUCAAAUUAUGAGCAUGGAUUCUUGUGUCCAAAAGCCUUGGCUCAAGUCCUGGCCUUUCUAUUAGUGUCUGUGUGACCUCGCUGUCCCUCGGUUUCCUCAUCUGCAAGGUGAGGAUAAUGAUAAUACCCACCUUGUGAAAUUAUUUUGAAGGCUGAGAGAUUUCACGGGAAAUACUUGGAGCAAAAAUACAGAAAACACUCAGCAAAACUUUUCUGUUUAUAGUAAGUGAAUCAACAAAUCAUAGCUGAUGCAUCUUUAAGCAUAAACUGGACACAAGGAAUGAAAGAUGAAUUCUAUUAACUUCAACAUUUUUGCCAAACUGGGAAAUCUCAGAUGGAUAUAGUAACUACUGAGAGUUUCCAAUGCAGGAGGAUCCUAAUAAUAACAAUGAAAAGGAUUAUUUAUAGUAGAUAGGGGCUGCAAACUCAAAAGGCUCCAGGGGCCAGCACGUAACAUAAUUGAGUGACGCAGACUGAGUGGAAAAUUGUGGGGACCUGGAGAGCAGAUGCCACUUCUCAGUAAAGAUGCAGUUAAUUUAUACCAUGUGAGAACGUGAGUCCUAUGUUGUCAUAUCAACUCACUUUCAAGAGAAGCCAGAAAUCUCCUUUUUUAAGAUGUGAGAUCUCCCAUUUAAAAGAGAAUAGUAUCAACUUGUGAACACAACAAAAUUCCUUUUGGUCAACAGGUCAGCCUUUUGUGACCUCCAGAUAUAGGCAGAGCUUUAAACUUUACAAUGUGCUUCCCUUAAGCAUGGACUUGGGAAUCUCAUAAGGAUGCGAUGAAGUACUACUACUGGGCCCCCCUUAAUCUCUCAUAAUGUUACAAAAUCAUGGGGCAUUUUCACCAAGGCUUUGCGAGCUUGGUGUCCCAAUGUUUGGGUGACUGCAAAAAUAGUGUCUAUUUGCUGUAUCUUUUGAUAUUAAGUGAGCUCCUUGCAAUCACUGACGUUCUCAUAACUCAGAAUAUCCACAUCAGAAAGAUUGAAAAGACCAUCAGUCCUUUGAUGUGGGAAGUUCCUGUUAUCAUAGAAGAAUCUUUAAGAACAAGGUAUGCAAAUCUGAGCCUAUCAUGUGUCAUCCAGGGUAUUAAGAUGCUUUUGAUUUAUUUUCAACCUCAACUAAUAAGCAAUACAGGGAGACCCAGCUGGCCCCAGGACUUUUAAUGAUUGCAGCAAGUGCCACUGGCCAUAGACUUUUUGCCGGAAAUGGUGUAGAACAGUGAUUCUCAAACUUUAGUGCAUUAGGAUCCCUGGAGAACUCCUUAAAACACAGAUUGCUGGAUCCCCUCCCAGCGUGUUUGAUUCAGUAGAUCUGGGGUGGGGCCUGAGAAUUUGCAUUUCUAACAAGUUCCCGGGGAUGCUAUUCCCAGCCUUGGCCGCUCUUCUGGGGAAUACACAUGGAGAACCCCCAUGAAGUGGUAGAAGACCAAUGGUAAAGGGACAUUUGGCCUGGGUCUUGAUGAGUGCCACAUGCCCAUUGUGACAUGCCCAGGAGUUUAUAUUAUGAAGAGGUGAAAUAGAAGGAAAGACUGAAUUCAGUCUUAAUUAGCGAGAGCCUACACACAGCUCAGUUUGAAAGUGGUGUAGUUGUGUUCCUCUCCUAUCAAGUGGCUGAUCAAGAGGAAGCCUUUGUUUGUCUUGGGUACUUGUUUUAAUCUAUUUAGAUAAAGUGAAAUUUCUGUCUGUUGGUCACUUGAAGACACUUGUUUGAAAAGUAUGCUUGGGAUUGGCUGAUCAAAACCACGUGCUACAAAAUUCACUUGGGGAGGCCCUAGGGGGCACCGUGGUGAGAUAAGAAGUUAAGCGGUAGAGCAGAUAUCCAGCAGUACAGUGGGUGGCCCUUUGAGAGAAGCUCAUGAUACAUAUUCUGAUGCUAUAGAUGGAGAAGUCCCACAGCAGAUCAGCCAAUCGAGUCUUGUGGCAGCCCUUCCAGCGCUCAGGCCUGAUCCUCAAUGCAGCUGCUUCUCACGCAGGCAACUCUAGUAGGAUGCCAAGAAGAGUAGCAACUGAGGUUCAUUUACCUAAUGAUGAUUCUCCUAAGCCUGUCUGUGUGUACACAAUCAUGGCUUGCCAUUGGCAUAUCAAAGAGGAGUUUAUUCUCACAAAGAUGUCCUACAGGCUCCCCUCGCUCUUAUUUGUAGCAUCUAUUGUUUGAGCCACCCCUUCAUUUUCAGAAGGAUUCGGUCUCUCCCAGACUCUUAUCUGUCUUAAAACACAGAGCCCAGAGGCUGCAUGGUAUAGGAUGAGACCUAAGAGAACGUGGGGAGACUGUGAGUAAUGGCCUCAUAGCCCUUGGUACUUUGUCGAGGAAGAUUUGCACAAGAGCGCUGUGGGUUUGGGCGAAUCCCACACAGCUGAGACCUAUUUCUGACAGGAAAUGCCAGCAGAAGCAGAGGUUUGUGUGGGGUGGUGCAUGUUGGAGCUACAUGUGCCCUUGGGUAAUUAUAUUGUCAGUCUUUUGCAUUAGUCUUAUGUUGAAUUAAAAUCUUCAAAAGGAGAUUAUUAAAAUACACAGAGAGACAAACACACAGAGACAAACCUAUAGCCUAUUUACAUAAUGCUCGAACAUAAAUUAAAAAUACUUUGGCGUUAGUCUUUGACGGUAGUAUCGAUGCUUCUAUAGCAUCAUAUGAGCUCAGCUAGAAGAAAGGAAUAGGGAAGCUGGUACUUUUCCCUUGCAUAAGCUGGAAGGGGAAAGAAAAGCCACAUGUGCCUUCAAGAUAAAAGCCAUAGAUGCAGAUGAAAGAGCGGUGGGCCAGACCUCAGAAGGCAUCUUCCUGCCCAUCACUUCCCCUUGGGCAGCCUAUUUCAUUACCCUGCGGGCUUCCGGGCUCUUGACAGUCUGUGCACUCCCAAAUGUCUUCCAGGCAUUUGUACAACCUGCCCUUACUUUUUUGCUGAAUUCUACUGGUUUACUUACUAUUCUAGGUGGGUGGGAUUUCCCCCUGCUACUUCGAAAUUAUAACCAGUCAUUUGAGUAUUCACUUUAUUUUUAAAUUCAGGGCUGAAACUUAAAACUUUGAGAGUUAUAAAAAAUGUUAUUCUUAAGAGAAAAACAUAUGCUCGAAAACUUAACCCUUUGGAGUUAGGCAAGGCGAUCUUUCUCUGAGUUUGAGCAAUAAUGCCAACAACUUUGAGGCCAAUAAAUACCACACAAGGCUUUAGGAUUUGGGCAGCUGGCAGAGUAUGCAUGUCCUGCAUGAGGGCCUGAUAGGUCAGGAUCUAGCCGAGAGGCCAGGAGUCAAUCCAGUGGCUUCCGCUGGGCUCCUGCUUGGUCUUAAACACUGAGAUACAAUGGCUUGGUCAACUUGGGCUGAUAACACUUUCCGCCUCUAAUGGGGUGGGAAGUGGUUUGAAAAUUUCCCUGCCCCAGUGGGACCGUGAGACGUAUAAGAUCUGAAAAGUGGAAAAGAGUAUAGAGAUUCCUCAAGAAACGAAAAAUAGAACUAUAGUAUGGUCCAGGAGUACCACUUCUGGGCAUACAUCCAAAGGAAAUAAGAUCACUGUCUCAGAGAGAGAGCUACGCUCCCAAGUUCCUUGUAGCAUUAUUCACAGUAGCCAGUUCUGGAAACAACCCAAGUGUCCAUGACAGAUGAAUAGAUAAAGAAAAUGUGGUAUAUAUACACAAUGGAAUAGUAUUCAGCCUUUACCAGGAAGGAAAUCCUGGUAUUUGUGACAUGGAUGGACCUUGAGGGCAUUAUGCUAAGUGAAAUAAGCCAGAUGCAGGAAG